GUAAAGCUUCAGCGCACUUUCCUUCAGUCACACUGGAACACUGAGUCAUUGUUCUCGUCAACUUGGUCUAGGAAAGGGGCCUGGAUAUGGCUACAUCUAUACUUGGGGAAGAGCCGCGAUUUGGAACUACCCCUUUAGCAAUGCUGGCUGCAACCUGCAACAAAAUCGGCAACACCAGUCCUCUCACGACAUUGCCCGAUUCCAGUGCGUUUUCAAAAGGUGGAUUUCAUCCCUGGAAAAGAUCCUCUUCGAGCUGCAACUUGGGCUCCAGCCUGCCCGGAUUCACAGUCGCGACAAGCCGGAGCACCUCCGGAUUAACGAGCACCACCGGCACGGGCAACAGCGCUUUCUGCCUGGCCUCCACCUCGCCAACGUCCUCGGCGUUCUCCGCCGAAUACGGCAGCUUGUUCUCCAACACGGCGAGCGUUUCUUCGCAGGAGUCAGGACAGUCCGCGUUCAUUUCCAAAGUUCACUCCUCGGCAGAGACUCUGUACCCGCGGGUCGGCAUGGCUCAUCCGUACGAGUCGUGGUACAAGUCCGGCUUCCACUCCACCAUCUCGGGUGAGGUGGCCAACGGGGCGUCCGCCUGGUGGGACGUGCACAACCCGGGCUCGUGGCUCGAGGUUCAAAAUCCGGCCAGCACUUUGCAAACUUCGCUGCACUCCGGAACCCCACAAGCCAUCCACUCCCAGCUCAGCGGCUACAAUCCGGAUUUCUCCAGCCUCACGCACUCCGCGUUCAGCUCCACCGGCAUCAGCCCCACGGCGUCCCACCUCCUGUCAACAAGCCAACACCUGUUGACGCAGGAAGGCUUCAAAACUGUGAUCCCCACUUACACGGACGCGUCGGCCACGAACGCUAUGAUAUCAUGCGCCAGCUCGGGCAUAGGAACCUCCUCCCGGUCCUCAAGGAGAUACUCCGGACGGGCCACGUGCGACUGCCCGAACUGCCAGGAGGCCGAGCGGCUCGGGCCUGCCGGUGCCAGCCUGCGGAGGAAAGGACUCCAUAGCUGUCACAUCCCGGGCUGCGGCAAAGUUUACGGCAAAACAUCUCACCUCAAAGCGCAUCUGAGAUGGCACACCGGCGAGAGACCCUUUGUGUGCAACUGGCUUUUUUGCGGCAAAAGGUUCACCAGAUCAGACGAGCUCCAGAGGCACCUGCGCACUCACACGGGGGAGAAAAGAUUCGCUUGCCCGGUGUGCAACAAGCGCUUUAUGCGGAGCGACCACUUGAGCAAGCACAUCAAAACACACACAGCUGGAGGAGGAGGCAAAAAGGGCAGCGACAGUGACACCGACACCAGCAACCUGGAGACCCCCAGGUCAGAGUCGCCGGAACUGAUUUUAGAAGGUGUGAACCCACGGGUCACGGUCAAAGAUCAGUCUCCACACCACGAGUCCUGAGCAACAUGACCUCAAAAUCCAUUUUCCUCCUUAUGGGUGAAUCAAGAAAAGCAAACGGGUCUGGACUAUGUGACAAACUUUGAGUAUUCUGCAUUUCUUGUUGAGGAGAAGAAAACAAAAAAAAAAAAAAAAAAAAAAACAAAAAAAAAACAAAAAACAAAAAACAAACAAAACAA